AUGGCCGACUUAAUCAUCUAUGGCGCCACUGGAUACACUGGUCGACUUGCGUCCGGAUUUGCCAAGUCUUACAAUCUCCAGUUCACUGUGGCUGGAAGAUCCGAGAAUAAGCUCAAAGCCCUUGCUGCUACUCUCGACGUCGAGUAUCGCGUAUUUGCAGUUGACGACCCUCUGGCUGUCGACGCUGGCCUACACGGGGCGCGGGUUCUUCUGAACUGUUCCGGACCGUUUUUGCACACGGCUGAGCCACUCAUUGAGGCAUGCAUUCGCAAUGGGAUCCAUUAUCUGGAUAUCGCCGCCGAACUGGACAGCUAUCAACUCUCUGAAAAGAAGCAUGAAGAAGCACGGCAGGCCAACGUUAUGCUCUUGCCAGGUUGUGGUGGUAGCGUUGCUAUGCUGGGCUGCCUUACUCAGUACAUCAUUGAGAAUGUAGCCAAUCCAGUCAGUAUCGAUAUUGCCCUCCACAUCGCCGGUCCCAUGUCUCGAGGUUCGGCUAUCAGUGCAGCAGAGAACUUGACAUCAAAGUGCCUCAGGCGGCUGGAUGGAAAGCUGGUGGACCAGGAUCGUGGGCAAAACAUGGACUUUGAUUUUGAUGAUGGCAGAGGCGCUGUGUCCUGUUUUCCGUCAACUUUGCCCGACGUCAUCGCAAUAUGGCGAUCCACCAAUAUUCCGAACAUCAGAACAUUUGUCCACGCCGCAGGAAAUGCUUUGCCCACUGGCAAUAUUGAUUCCAUGGCAGAGGGUCCAACGGCCAAGCAAAGAGAGGCCAACCCAUAUCAUGUUGCCGCCACUGUAACUGCAUCGGAUGGCUCAAUUACUCGUGCUGUCCUUCACACUGUCAAUGGCUACACAUUUACACCGCUUGCUUCUGUGGAAGCGACGAGGCGAGUGCUGAUGGGAGAGAUGCAGGCGGGAUUUCAGACGCCCUCCAAUCUUUUUGGUUAUCGCUUCGUAGCAGUAAUAGCCGGAACAGCCUUUCGAGAUCUUUGAGCGCGUUAAUCUACCGAGGC